AUGACGAGCGAGGAGGAGGAGGAGGGCCCCAGCGUUGCAACAACACCGUCAGCGGCAACAAUCUCCAGGGUAGCAACAACCAUAGCUAGGGGCGAUAGCGAUGACGUCGUCACUUCCUCCUCGCCCCGCAGGCCCUCCCCGCACCGCCUCCCAUGUCCCGAGAAAAAGGAGGAGAAAGAGGAGGAAAUAGAGGAGGAAGGGGUUAUUCACCAAGAGAGGAUUGAGAAGGAGGAGGAGGGGGUGGUGGUCUGUGAGCGGGAUGAUGAAGAAGAUAAGGAUGAGGAUGAAAGCAGUGACACCAGCGUGUUGGUUGUGCCCUACCCUGAGCUGGCUCCUGUGGUCUUCUUCUGCCUCAAGCAGACAACGUGUCCUCGGAGCUGGUGCAUCCGCAUGGUCUCCAGCCCGUGGUUCGAACGUGUGAGUAUGAUGGUGAUCCUGUUGAACUGCGUCACCCUGGGAAUGUACCAGCCCUGCGAGAACAUCGACUGCUCUUCAGACCGAUGCCAAAUACUACAGGCUUUUGAUGCGUUCAUCUACAUCUUCUUUGCAAUGGAGAUGGUGAUAAAGAUGAUGGCCCUUGGAAUCUUUGGUCGACGCUGCUACCUCGGGGACACUUGGAACCGACUGGAUUUCUUUAUCGUCAUGGCAGGGAUGAUUGAAUACUCGCUGGACCUGCAGAACGUCAACUUCACCGCCAUCAGAACAGUGAGGGUACUGCGGCCUCUCAAAGCAAUUAACAGGGUGCCAAGCAUGCGCAUCCUGGUGAAUCUGCUGCUGGACACUCUGCCCAUGCUGGGCAACGUCCUCCUCCUCUGCUUCUUCGUCUUCUUCAUCUUCGGAAUCAUAGGCGUUCAGCUGUGGGCGGGGCUGCUGAGGAACCGCUGCUACCCGGAGGACAACUUCACACUCCGUACGGGUAUCAGUCUUCCUCGGCCCUACUACAUGGCUGACGAAGAUGAUGAGCGACCCUUCAUCUGCUCCCUGCCAGUCGACAACGGCAUCAUGUCCUGCGCCGACGUGCCGGCCCGCCGCGAGGGAGGCAGGACGUGCUGCCUGGACAAAGACGACGCGCUUUACCGCCAGUCGCUGGGCCUGAGCCCCGAGCCUCUGGCCAAUGGCAGCGUCAGUGUAGCAGGGCUCUGUGUCAACUGGAACCAGUACUACACCAGGUGUCAUACCGGGUACAGCAACCCCCACAAAGGAGCCAUCAACUUUGACAACAUUGCCUUUGCCUGGAUUGUAAUCUUCCAGGUGAUCACUCUGGAAGGCUGGGUGGAGAUCAUGUACUAUGUGAUGGAUGCUCAUUCCUUCUACAACUUCAUUUACUUCAUUCUGCUGAUUAUUAUUGGUUCCUUCUUCAUGAUCAACCUGUGCCUCGUGGUCAUCGCCACCCAGUUCUCGGAGACCAAGCAGAGGGAACACCAGCUGAUGCAGGAGCAGCGAGCGCGGUGCUCGUCCUCCUCCACCCUGGCCAGUGAACCCGGGGACUGCUACGAGGCACUCUUUCAGCUGAUCUGCCACAUCCUCCGCAAGGCCAGGAGACAAACGGUCGCCCUCUUCAACACCCUGCGGGGGAAACCUCGCGGCUUUCGGGGCGUCGGAAGAGGUAGAGGAGGAGGAGAGCGAAGGGAGAGGAAGGCCAAUGGGAGGGGAGGACGUGAGAGGAGAGCAGUGAUGAGACGCGGUCCACCAUGUCCCCACCAUAAUAAGCCUGAGCACGCCUCAGCCAUGGCCCUCAGCGCCGCCUCGGCCACCGACGGCUGCCCUCAGUGUGCCGCAGCCCUGUCAGUCGCUGACGGCGUGGGACCAGCAUGCAGUGCGGUAAACAAUGAAGCGGAGGAGGGAGCUGUGGAGGAAACGGACGGGGAGGGGGUACACUCUGGUAGUGAGGAGAAGGGCAAGAAAGGCCAGGGGGCUGCAGGGAGACAUGGGGGCUGUACUCCUAAGAGCUGUAAGGAGCUGUGGCACGAUAUUAGGAUGAAGCUGUGGGGAAUCGUGGAGAGCAAAUACUUCAACCGAGGCAUCAUGAUCGCCAUCCUGAUCAACACCAUCAGCAUGGGCAUCGAGCACCACGAGCAGCCAGAAGAGCUCACAAAUGUUCUGGAGAUCUGCAACAUCGUCUUCACCAGCAUGUUCUCCCUGGAGAUGAUCCUCAAACUCACUGCAUUUGGCUCCUUUAACUACCUGAGAAACCCCUACAACGUCUUUGAUGGAGUCAUCGUCAUCAUAAGUGUGUGUGAGAUCGUCGGACAGUCCGACGGCGGUUUGUCUGUGCUGAGGACGUUCAGACUGCUCAGGGUGCUGAAGCUGGUAAGGUUCAUGCCAGCUUUGAGGAGACAGCUGGUGGUCCUCAUGAAGACCAUGGACAAUGUGGCCACCUUCUGCAUGCUGCUCAUGCUCUUCAUCUUCAUCUUUAGUAUCCUGGGAAUGCACAUCUUUGGCUGCAAGUUCAGUCUCAAGACCGAGACGGGUGACACAGUACCAGACAGGAAGAACUUUGAUUCCCUGCUCUGGGCCAUUGUCACUGUUUUUCAGAUUCUGACCCAGGAGGACUGGAACGCAGUUUUGUACAACGGUAUGGCAGCCACUUCACCACUUGCUGCUCUUUACUUCGUGGCCCUCAUGACUUUUGGAAACUAUGUCCUCUUCAACCUGCUGGUAGCCAUCUUGGUUGAAGGCUUUCAGGCAGAGGGCGAUGCCAAUCGCUCUUAUUCGGAUGACGACCACUCCUCCUUUGACGAGAGCGAGAAGCACGACUCCAUAAAAUUGUCUGACCCAAGGAUCUGCACACUGACACCCAACGGCCACCUGGAGCUGGGGGCCCUUUCCGGGCCCAGGGGAUCCUACUCCUCAGAGAGGCGGAGCUUCACCAUCGAGUCUGGAAAGAGCAGUGUGAUGAGCCUGGGAAAGAGCAGCCUGGAGAGACGCUCCCUCUCUCUGCGUCAUGCUCGCAGUUCCAACUACCACAACUGGGGGCGCCCUUUGCUUCCGCAGUCGGCCUGGAGCCGCAGGUCGAGCUCAAACAGUCUGGGCCGGAGGAGCUACGGGUUCGGUGGGGCUCCUCUGGUAGGAGGCAGCCUCCGUGUGCACAGCACCCGCUCGCCCUACUCCUACACUUGUGCUGCCGAGCAGGAGUCCCUUCUCUCCCACCCACGUCACUCCCAUCAUAAUCUACCCCCUCAUCAUCCACCCCCACCCCCACUGUUUUUGUCCAGACAUUUCGCUGCGAGGAGGGAUCGACGGGCUCUUUCCCUGGAGCUUCCGGAGCUGCUUCGGGCAGGAGGACCGCCCCCGGGCCUGCCCCCUGUUCAGCCAGACCCCGGGAGGAGGAGUGGGUCUGGGGCAGGGGGAUCCAUCACUGGGGGGUCUGGCGCUGGUAGUGGUUUCGGAGUGGACCACCGGGAUUGUAAUGGCAAGGCACCGGGUCCCCACACUCAGCUGAUGUCUGAGGUUUUCCCUCAAGUCAAUGCACGCAAGGACAGAACAGACCUCGAUGAAGAGACAGAUUAUAAUUUGUGUUUCCGUGUCCAGAAGAUGAUGGAGGUGUACAAGCCAGAAUGGUGUGAAUCUAGAGAGGAGUGGUCCGUCUACUUGUUCUCCCCUCAGAACAAGUUCAGGGUGCUCUGCCAGUCUAUUAUCGCCCAUAAGCUCUUUGACUAUGUUGUCCUGGCCUUCAUCUUUCUCAACUGCAUCACAGUGGCCCUGGAGAGGCCGAAGAUAAUGCAAGGCAGCCUGGAAAGGCUGUUUCUCACUGUUUCCAACUACAUCUUUACUGCCAUCUUUGUUGCGGAGAUGACUGUCAAGGUGGUGUCCAUGGGUCUGUACCUGGGAGAGAAAGCCUAUCUGAGGAGCAGCUGGAACAUUCUCGAUGGUUUCCUGGUAUUCGUGUCUCUGAUUGACAUUGUGGUGUCGAUGGCUGGUGGGGCUAAGAUCCUGGGGGUUCUCCGUGUUCUCCGGUUGCUCAGGACGCUACGCCCCCUCAGGGUGAUCAGCAGAGCUCCUGGACUGAAGCUGGUAGUCGAGACCCUCAUCACGUCCCUCAAGCCUAUCGGCAACAUUGUCCUCAUCUGCUGCGCCUUCUUCAUCAUCUUUGGUAUUCUUGGUGUUCAGCUCUUCAAAGGGAAGUUCUUCUACUGCGUGGGUUUCAAUGUGAAGAACAUCACUAACAAAUCCGACUGUCUGGCUGCCAACUAUCGAUGGGUUCACCACAAAUACAACUUUGACAACCUUGGACAGGCUCUAAUGUCCUUGUUUGUGCUGGCCUCAAAAGACGGCUGGGUCAACAUCAUGUACCAUGGACUGGAUGCAGUGGGGAUAGACCAGCAGCCAUCGACCAACAACAAUCCGUGGAUGCUGCUCUACUUCAUCUCUUUCCUCUUGAUCGUCAGUUUCUUCGUCCUCAACAUGUUUGUGGGCGUUGUGGUGGAGAACUUCCACAAGUGUCGCCAGCACCAGGAGGUGGAGGAGGCCAAGCGGCGGGAGGAGAAACGCCAGCGUCGCAUGGAGAAGAAGAGGAGAAAGGCCCAGAAGCUACCCUACUAUGCGUCAUAUGGCAGAAUCCGGCUAGCUAUCCACAAUCUGUGUACCAGCCACUACCUGGACCUGGCCAUCACCUUUAUUAUCUGUAUCAAUGUCAUCACCAUGUCUCUGGAGCACUACAGCCAGCCACAGUCUCUGGAGACUACACUGAAGUACUGCAACUACUUCUUCACCUCCACGUUUGUGAUUGAGGCCUCUCUGAAGCUGGUGGCCUUUGGCUUUAGACGCUUCUUCAAGGACAGGUGGAACCAGUUGGACCUGGCCAUUGUGCUGCUGUCAGUAAUGGGCAUCACCCUGGAGGAGAUCGAGAUCAAUGCCUCCCUUCCCAUCAACCCCACCAUCAUCAGGAUCAUGAGGGUACUCAGGAUAGCACGAGUGUUGAAGUUGUUGAAAAUGGCAACUGGGAUGAGAGCUCUGCUAGACACAGUGGUCCAGGCUCUGCCUCAGGUGGGGAACCUUGGUCUGCUCUUCAUGUUGCUGUUUUUCAUUUACGCAGCCCUGGGAGUGGAGCUGUUUGGAGAGCUGGUGUGUAACGCUGACUACCCCUGCGAAGGAAUGAGCCGACACGCCACCUUUGAAAACUUCGGAAUGGCCUUCCUCACACUCUUCCAGGUUUCCACGGGCGACAACUGGAACGGCAUCAUGAAGGACACACUGAGGGAGUGCCCGCCGGGUUAUCCGGCCACCGACUACGGCUGCCAUGCGGGACUACAGUUCAUCUCCCCGAUGUAUUUCGUGUCCUUCGUGCUCACGGCUCAGUUCGUCCUGAUCAACGUGGUGGUGGCCGUGCUCAUGAAGCAUCUGGACGACUCCAAUAAGGAGGCGCAGGAGGACGCCGAGAUGGACGCCGAGCUGGAGCUGGAGCUGGCUCAAGGAGGCCUCUGCUGCAUGAUGGGGGGCAUCGGCGCCAUCGCCGGGGCCACCGGGGCCGCUGCCACCGGCGCCGCUGCGAGCGGGUCGGGCGCGGGCGGAGGAGCGUUUGGCGGAGGAGGAGGAGGAGGCGGUGCGGGUCAUGAAGGCCACACACACCAUCGAUGUCGUCUCUACUCUCCUGCUCAGGAGAGCCGGUGGCUGGACAGUGUGUCUCUGCUGAUUAAGGACUCGUUAGAGGGGGACAUGAUUGACAACCUCUCCGGUUCAGUUUUCCACCACUACUGCUCUCCUCCUGUCUGCAAGGACUGUAAGGGCCACCCACAAGAGAUCCAACUGGCUGAGGUGGAGCAGGCAUCUCUGAUGUCAGAGCAGCUGUCAGACAAGUCAUCGUCUCCGGCGCUGCCUGAUGACCUCAGCCUGGACGAACACAGCAGCUAUCAGCUGAUGGUCAGAGAUGCCAAGAGGGGCAGCAGUGACUCCCAUAGUUCGGAGGAGUUGCCCACCCAGGGGGGCUACAGGGGGCUCUGUCCCCCUAGCUCAGGAAGCGAGUGUGGGGUCCAGGAGUUGUUUGAGUUGAAUAGUCUGUCGCUGGAGCAGCCAAGCCGGGCACAUUGCACAGACGCAGAUAGAGGAAGUUGCAGUGGAGGUGGCGGCGGUUCCUCACCCGUCUUCCACCUUCCGGUAGAUUUCUUCCACCCAGCUGCUGCGGCUCACCCGGGCAGUCCUGGGAACGGUGUUAGCCCAGUAGAUAGAGGGCCGUCCAGGUUGCCCUCCCCAGCCUCCUGGGCUUCUCUCCGCUCACCCGGAGCCAACAGCAGGCCCCUGAGCUUUCAGCACCCGUCCCACAGUGACUCCUCCCUGGCCACAGGCAGUUCAGAGGGCAGCCUGCAGACCACCCUAGAAGAAGGGCUCAGCUUCAGCGUGUCCCCAUCUCGAGAUCCGGAACUCCCCAGCCACCCCUCACGCCCCCGGGCACCGGCCACAGGAGACCAGGGGCGGCCUUUACUAAAGAGACGCAGUACUACUUUUACCCUUCAAGCCACCAGGGGGCAUCAGAGGAGCCAGAGCAGCAGCUGCGGCGGCGGCAGCACCAGCCCCGGCUGCCCCCGGCAGGACUCCAUGGACCCUUCGGAUGAGGACGUGGGCACGGGGACGGUUGGGGACGGCUGCCGCCAGACCUUGAGCAGCGAGCCCUUGUCAGAAACAUUAAACAGCGUCUCGCUGACGUCGCUGCUCACCCCAGGCUCUCUGGCACCCCCGCCGGUGAAGAAAUGUAACAGCACAGGCUCCCUGGACCGAACCAAUUUAUCUGCCCGGAGUAAAGACAGCCGCCACCUCUGCGGCAUCGAUGCCCGCGGCUACUUGUCCAACCCCUGGACGGAGGAAAGGGCGAGUGGCGGGGAGGAGGACGGUGACAUCACAGGCUUCAGCAGCCGGCCCACAGACACAAGCUCCAGGAAAAAUAGAUGA